AUGCUUGAGACAGCCAAUACCACUGUGAUGCAGGGCUUCAACAAGUCUGAGAGGUGCCCAAGAGAUACUCGGAUGACACAGCUGGUGUUCCCAGCCCUCUAUACUGUGGUCUUCUUGACUGGCCUCCUGCUGAACACCUUAGCCCUCUGGGUGUUCAUUCACAUCCCCAGCAAUUCUACUUUCACCGUCUACCUCAAAAACACUCUGGUGGCAGACUUGAUAAUGACACUAAUGCUUCCUUUCAAAAUUCUUUCCGAUUCACACCUUGGACCCUGGCAACUCAGAGGAUUUGUGUGUAUCUUCUCUUCUGUCAUCUUUUAUGAGACCAUGUAUGUUGGUAUCAUAAUGCUGGGCCUCAUUGCCUUUGACAGAUUCCUCAAGAUCAUCAGACCUUUUAAGAAUUUGUUUGCAAAAAAACCUGCUUUUGCAAAAGCAGUCUCAAUUUCCAUCUGGGUCCUGAUGUUCCUCAUCUCCUUUCCAAACAUGAUCUUGAACAACAAGGAGGCAACACCAUCGUCUGUGAAGAAGUGUGCAUCCUUGAAGAGUCCUCUGGGGCUGGUAUGGCAUCAAGUAGUCAAUCAAGCAUGCCAGUUCAUUUUCUGGACUGUGUUUAUUCUGAUGCUUCCGUUUUAUGUGGUGAUUACCAAAAAAGUAUAUAAUUCCUAUAAAAAGUUUACAAGUAAGGAGAACAAACACAAAAGGGUGGAGAUGAAAGUAUUUAUUGUCAUAGCCGUGUUCUUUGUCUGCUUUGCCCCACUACAUUUUGUCAGAAUUCCAUAUACCUACAGUCAAACCAAUAAGACUGACUGUAGAUUAGAAAACCAACUGUUUAUUGCUAAAGAAAUAGCUCUCUUUUUGGCUACAACUAACAUUUGUAUGGACCCAUUAAUAUACAUUUUCUUAUGUAAGAAGUUCACAGAAAGGGUACCAUGUAUGAGAGGGAGAAGGAUGGCAGCAUCAAGCCAAGAGCACCACAGUAGUCAUACAGACAACAUCAUCCUAGCCUGA